UGAAAAUUAACAAACAUCGGCAUUGACUUUUAGUAUGUCAACAAAAUCUUUGCAUCUUCGCGUUUUUUUGCGCACAUGGCCACCUGUAAAUUUUGCUCAACUUGCCAACUGCCUCCAUUGGCGGUGGCGGCUCUGCCUUCCAUUUCUUCACACGUCAAGUUCCAUCCGAUCGAAAAUUCGCCAAGAAUAUUAAUCCAACCCAACAUUCACCAUAAAUGUCGUCUCCUUCCCCUCCAAAAAGCAAAAAAGCAGCAACUUCGCUCCCUCCAAAAAUGUCGUCUCCAACUUCCAAUACCGUCAUCAAUCCAACCUUCACCGAGCAAGAAUGGUUGAAACAGAUCAACCAGGCGAUCCAACUCGGCCCGGAAACCAUAACCCAAAACCUCUCCUCCAUCUUCAGAGUCCCCGCCACCAUCUCCGCCGCCAAGCCCCAGUCCUACGCCCCCAAGCUCGUCGGCCUUGGCCCGCUCCAUCACUUCCAGCGGCGGCUCUACCAGAACGAGCCCCUCAAGCUCGCCGGCGCCGAGCAGGCGCUCAAGCGCUUCAACGUCGCCACCGCCGACUUCCCCAACCUCGUCCGACAAAUCGUCCCUCUGCUUCCGGCCAUCCGACUAUGCUACGACUCCCACCUCGACAUCGCCGACGACACUCUGGCCUGGGUCCUCGCGAUCGACGGGCUCUUCGUCGCCGAGAUGCUCUACAACCCGCAGUUCCUCCUGCCCCGGACGUCGAGCUCGUUCAGCUUCUCGGAGAAGCUGCGCGACAUCACCGGCGACAUCGUCCUGCUCGAGAAUCAAAUUCCGAUCUACACUCUGUUUCCGGCGGAGAUUUCGGUGAACUUGUGCAAGAUGCUGGAAUCCUUCUGCGGGGUGCUCUCGCCUUUCAAGCUGCAGGAUUAUGAUUCUGAUCUCGAAUUGAAGCCGCCCCCGAAGCAUCUGCUGGAUCAUGUGUACCAAUUGAUAUCGCGGGAAAAAAACAGAGCAUCCUUGCUGAAACGAGAAGAGAGCGAUGUUUCAUCGCCGGCUGAUGAGGAUUCGGUUAUUGCCAUCGGCGGAUUGGGGACUCUGGCCGAUGACCUCGCCGAGAAAGUAGGCGACGCCAGUGAAGACAUCGGCCCUGUUCAGAACGUGACCGCCGGAAUUGAGAGGCUCGCCCAAAUACAGAUCAGAAGCCCGGUCAGCAGCAUUUUCAGGAUACUCGACAUACUAGGGAUCUCCAGUUUCGUGAACGAAGCACUGGAAGACGAAAUCACGCUUCUCCCAUCAGCCGGAGACCUCAAAGGCGCCGGAGUGAAAUUCGCCGCCACGACCGGCGGCCUGAGAUGCAUCGAAUUCGACGAAUCCGACGCCGUUCUGACCCUCCCUGCAUUCUCCUGGAAACCCAGCAGCGAGAUCGUGAUCCGAAACCUGGUGGCGUACGAGUCCCUGGCCAAACCGGAUUCCGCGAUCCUGAUCCGGUACACGGAGAUGAUGCACGCCAUGGUCCAGGACAAGAAGGACGCGAAGCUGCUGAGAGAAGACGGGAUCGUGGAGGGGAACAACGCCGCCGCCGGCGACGAGGCAAUGGUUGCUUUGUUUCGCGGGAUGGGAGGGGCGCCGGAUCCGAUGAGCAGGACGGUCCUGGACAAGACGAUUCUGGAGGUGAAUUCGUACUACAACAGAAAAUCGAAGGUCGUGGCAUCCAAGGUUUUUAAAUUGGGGGUGAAGGCCUUGCUGAGGGUGCUGAUGGUUGUCGCCGCCAUUGCUCUGCUGGUAAUGUUUUCAAUUCAGUCGUACUGUAGCAUCUAUGUGUGCGCCGGGACGACGGGUGGCGGGUUGUUCGGAAUUGGGACCCUGGAAUCGUCGGUGGGACGGCAGAUUGGUGGCGGCGGUGGGGUGUCCUCUUUGUUGUCAUCUGUUUAGAGGGAUUUGAUUGAUUUUUGUGGGGUGGGUGUGUGUGAUUAAGGGAAGUGGGUUAGUUGGUCUUUGUUUGGUUUUUGUGUAUAAUUUACGUCAUUAAUUAGGGCUGUAUAUUUAAUUAACGUUAAUAUUUGUUUUGUCUUAUAUUAUUUUCCACGCGUGGUGUAAUUGUUGACUGGGAGAUGUUCGUCAGUCGUUACAACGCAUUACACGUCUCUUUGUUUUAAGUGUAUAAUUUCUUGUAAGGAAGUUACUGAUUAAGUUGAUUAAUUGCAAUAAAUACCAAUUGUUUGUAAUUAUUUUUGAACAACGAAUAUAAUUACCUAUUGUGUGCGUGUUUAAGUCGUUGAUCCGAUCAAGCAAGUGAUUUUUUUUAUACCCAGUAACCUCAGUCACAAGUGUCACUUUGUGAUAUCGGGGCCUACUAAAACUGUGGGUCAUCUGCAAUCAAUUCGACACCAACAUGACUUCGCCCCCAGCAGUCUUGUACCUCCGGGAACACCAACGGGUCUCGCUUGAAUUCGAACAUGGGAUCAGCAACUCCCAAACCUUCACUAUCGCGGCAGUUGGUUUUUUAUACACAGGAACCUCAGCCCCAAGUGUCACUUUGUGACAGCCGGGCCUUACUAAAACUGGGGGUCCACCUGCAAUCAAUUCGACGCUAACAGGGCUUCGUCCCCAGCAGUCUUGUACCUCCAAGAUCACCAACAGGGCUCGCUUGGAUUCGAACCAGGGAUCCGUAACUCCCAAACCUUCACUGUCGCGACAACUUUACCGUUAGACUAUCUUACCUUUGGUGCAAGUGGUUUGAAGUUUAACAGUAUGACCGGGGUGCAAGUGAUUUGAAGUUUAAUAGUAUGACCGAGUUCCAAGUUGUUUUAUACAAAUAAGGUGGUAAUUUAGGAUAUUAAUGGGUGAAAUAAAAUUUACCUUAUAUAUAAUUAUUAGAAACUCAACUCUCAUAAAAAAAUACAUAACCCUCGUGACUCAUCCACUAUCCUCCUUCCUUAUCUCCCCCCCUCUCCCUUCCUUUUUUCUUCUUCCCCUUCUUUAGCAGUCAAACCAAUGACAUUUUGGAGAUCGUUCUAUAGCCCGAAAGUGGUUGGAUCGGGAUGAAGUGACAGGCCGGUAGAGGUUUAACAAGUCUUGUGUGAUACGAAUUUGCAAAUAUGUAUUAUAGAUUAAGACACAAAAAUAAAAAUAGAAAUGGAAGAAAUUACAAUAAGAGUUUGAGCAAAAUAAAUUCUAUGUAACCCAAUGUGGUCAAGGCACCCAAUUCCAUCGAAGUACUCACCUAACGACUAACAGCUUUGAGGCAUUCAACUGCAUGCAUUGUUGGGUCGUCAGUAAGCUCAUACAAUGGUUUCAAUUUGGUGUUGAAUGAGCUAGAAAAUGGGCCCCUGGAUUCGCUUUCCUGCUGACAAAAGCCCAAGCCACAUUAACACGAGAGAGGUGAACAGGAAGGAAGGGACACAAGUCGCCAAAUUUCCUUCAGCAACUCCGUGUUCUGGUCUAUCAUAUCCGUCUUCUCACUUCUUAAUCAAAACCAUAGGAUUAAUGCCAUAUUUGGUCACUGAGUUUACUAAAAAGUCUCACGUUUAGUCACUCGAAAUAUUUUGUUUCAAUGCUGGUAAUUCAAAUUAGUAAAACGAUCUAUGUUUGGUCACUCUCCGGUAGUCUCCGUCCAACUCUAUUAAUGAAGUUCGUUCUCUGCU